AUGAAUAUUCAAAGUUAAAAUAAUAGUGCUGGCUAUAUUUCAUCUCCAGAGCAUUCUUGGCGUAAGAAUAAAUAAGUGAUGGAUGACGAAUUUGAGCCGCAGGAUAAAUAAAUGCUAGAUGAGACCAAUUCAAAAUUUUAGAGUCAAUGCUUAAUUGAGGAUCCACCUAUGUAAAAUGAAAGCGUUCUGUCUCAAAACUCAUUUCAUUAUGAUGAGCUGCAACAGAUGAUGCAAGCGGAAAUCCUCAGCCCCUCAAAAUUGCUGAGAACAGGCAACGAGCCUAAAAGCACCUUAUCUUUCGAUAUCAAGCUAGAACAAACGUCGAUACAAGAGGAGCCUAUAGUGAAUUAGAGAACAAGGAGGAAGGCGAGCAAAGCCAAUUACAAUGUUGACGACUCUCCUACGAUGGACUCUGAAAUUAAGCCUUGUCAUUGUUCGAAAACAAAUUGUUUAUAACUAUAUUGUUCUUGUUUUCACAAUAGGAGAUAGUGUACACAAGAGUGCAAAUGUUCGGAGUGCUUUAAUGAUGGAUAACAUUCGGAUGAAGUUCUUAAGGCAAUAGAAUAGAUAAAAAUCAAGGAAUAAAGGGCAUCGCAUCAUGAUCUUGAUUCAUUUGACACAAGAUAGGUGUGGGGAUGUAAAUGCAAAAAAACUUAGUGCAUUAAAGGAUAUUGCGAAUGUUUUAUCAGACACAAAAAAUGCAGUUCCCACUGCCAAUGUUCUAAUUGCCAAAAUAAAAAAUAAAAAACAUCAAUAAACAAGAAAAUUAAAAAAAUAUGA